AUGAUUCCUAUUCUCCUCGUUGGCAGUGUUCCGUUAGCCAAUAAUGAACAAGUGUUUAAGUGUGUUAGCGAAAUUAUCGGUUCUCAUCUUCGAUACAUUCCGGACGGAGAAACAGGGAAGCGAUACGGGUGGAUCGAGUUUCAGGAACAGGUUUUUGCUUGUAAUCCGCUAUUAAAACAAGAACCACCCGCUGAUGUUCAUUAUGGUCCGUCUGUUGGAAAAUUCCGAUUUUGUGACGGCAGUAAUCCUAUGGAACUCAAAUUUGAUAAUCUUGGUUACUCUGAAGCAGCUCUCAAUUCAUUUGCACUAUUUAAGAAAUUGAAAGAAGACGGUACCAUUCCAACUCAUGUUCGGUUCCAAGUAUCACUCCCGACUCCUCUUGCUCCUUGCAUGUUCCUUGCUGACUCCAGCGCAAUUGUCGAUAUACUUCCCGCUUAUCGCCGUGCAUUGUUUGCUGAACUCGAACUAAUCUGUGCAGAAAUACCGCACGAUCAAUUAGCUGUUCAAUGGGACGUUUGCCUUGAAUUUGCUAUAUUAGAGAAUAGAUCUGCUUACAAAAUCAGCAUCGAUCAAAUGUUUAGUGAUGUGGUUGAUUUAGGCACAGUAGUUCCUGAAGACGUUCAUGUUGGUUUUCAUCUAUGUUACGGUGAUUAUGCACAUAAACACUUUGUCGAACCCAACGAUUCAUCUAAACUUGUUCAAAUGGCAAAUACAUUGUCAAAGCAGUUGUUAUCAAGAGCAAUAAACUGGAUACACUUACCCAUACCACGAAAUCGAACAGAUGACGAUUAUUUUCGACCAAUGAAAGAUCUUGAACUAAAAAGUGAUACUGAGUUGUAUUUGGGUUUAAUCCAUCUGACAGAUGGUGUGGAUGGAAGUCUGCAUCGAGCACAAACGGCUAAGAAAGCUCUGGGAUCUCGACCAUUUGGAAUCGCAACAGAAUGUGGAUUUGGUAGACGUCCACCGGAGACCAUUGUCGAUUUGCUCAAAGUACAUGCAGAUGUGGCAAGAAAACUAGAUUAA